AUUCUCCCCCUUCCUCUCCUUCUCCUCCCGCAGUGCCACUGUGGCCGCCUUCUCUCUCAGAGCCCCUCAAGCUCCCCUCUCCUCCCUCAGCGCCGCCGCCCCCAGCUGCCCCUUCCCUUCUUAUCCCCGAGACCCCAGAGUAGACCCCUCCCCCGCUCCCCCUCCCUCCCCACAGGAGCCCCACCCCGCCCAGACCUGCCCGCCCCGCUGUUCCCCACCCCCCGCCCUCCCCUAGGCCGGGUGGGUGGAGGCCUCUGCCCAGCCUCUCACCCCAGCCCCCCCAUGGCCCUCAACAUCUCCCCCUCCUGCUCCCACCCCGGGCUCUGAAGCCAGGAAACCCAAGAGGAAAUGACUGAGCCCGUCUCGGUCCCCGCCCGCCAGCGCUCCCCUGGCCACACCCUCCGCCUGGACUCCGCCACCGCAGCUGCCCUCUCCGCACGAGGCUGCCGGCUCUGCCGGCUCGGGACCCCCAGCUCUGACAUGUCGCCCUGUGCUCGCCUGUGUCUCCUGGUCUUCGUUGGCCUGAUUCUCCCCACCAGAGGACAGACAUUGGAGGAGGCCACAUCCAUUACUCUAGCAGACCCAGUCACUGAGAAGGUUCAUGUCCUGACUCCAGCCCCAGACACCGUCCACCCAGAGCUCCAGCCCACUCCUCAGACUUCAACUCUGCAGGCUGAAGCAACCCCGAGCCAGAUGGAGAUCCACACCCAGCAACCGACGGAAAUGGAUGUCCUUCUAAGAACAGGUCCGGGGACAGACAAGAGCAGGACGCAAGGCCCCACGCCCUCCAAGACCCAACUCCCACGCAAAAACGUCAGGAGGGACCCCGCCCUCAGGCAAACUGGUUCAAGCGAGGACGACCCCUUCUCCUAUGACGAGGACACCCUCCGGAAACGGGGGCUGUUGGUGGCAGCUGUGCUGUUCAUCACCGGCAUCGUCAUCCUCACCAGUGGCAAGUGUAGACAGCUGCCCCGGUUAUGCCGGAGUCAUGACAGAUGAGUCCGUCGGAAGUGGGGGCUGAUGACCCGACGGGCACCCCGAGACUGAGCCCCCGCUGGCUCACUGUGCCUGGCCUCCUCCCUCCCCUCGAAGGACCUGCAGACUAGUCGACAAAGCCCAGCCUGAGAGGUAGGACGUGGAUGGAGCCAGAGCUGGGACUGGUGGCCUAAGCCCCCUACUCUCCCAGCCCUGCCCUCCCUGAAGGCUGACUGGCUCCCCGUUUAUCCAUUCUGUUCCAACAAGAAGUAAAGCACUGUGGUCUUUGCCCCAUGGUCUCUGAUCAUUCCUGA